CCACCACUCCCCGCCGAGUCCGCGUCUUCUCUUUGCGAGUCCUCUCCACCAUCCGGGGCUCGGCAGAGCUCAAGAUUUCACCGCCGGCGACCGCUUCCGAGGGGCAGGAGCGGAGGCGCAGCGCGCGAUCCGCGGCGGGAGGCGAGAUGGGGAGGGGAGGGCGAUCCGCGCGCGGGGGCGCGGGAGGGGACUCGAGUGGGGGAUUCGAGGGACGCUGCAGCCCCGCCCCCGCCCCCUCCUCUCCUCCUCUUCAGAACCGGAGGAGCCAGAGAGCAUGGACCAAACCCUGCUGCUCUGGCACCAUGACGCUCGCCCGCUUCGUGGUGGCUCUGGUUUUAGGGGCGCUCCCCGAAGUGAUCGGCUUUGAUCUAGUCGUCAGUCAUCCCCUCCACCACCGCUAUCGCCAUUCGCUCCUUCGAGGGCCCCGGCACCCUUAUUACCUUCCCACCCAGCAGCGGCAACAGAGGACGCCUCCGCCGCCCCCUCUCCCGCGCGUCCCGCGUCCCCCGCAGGCGCUGCAUGCCCAGCGCCUGCACGCCCUCCACGCCGGGCGCACGCCGGGGCCGCACCACCGGGACUGCCCCGCCGGCGAGCCCUGGGUCAACGUGACAGACUUCGGCGCCCCUUGUCUGCGCUGGGCAGAGGUGCCACCCUUCCUCGAGCGGUCGCCCCCGGCGAGCUGGGCUCAGCUGCGAGGGCAGCGCCACAACUUCUGUCGGAGCCCCGACGGCGCGGGCCGACCCUGGUGCUUCUAUGGGCACGCCCACGGCAAGGUGGACUGGGGCUACUGCGACUGCAGACACGGGUCAGUGCGGCUUCGAGGUGGCAAACACGAGUUUGAAGGCACCGUGGAAAUAUAUGCAAAUGGAGCUUGGGGCACAGUGUGUGGCAGCCACUGGGAUGAUUCGGACGCCUCAGUCAUUUGUCACCAGCUGCAGCUGGGACGAAAAGGAGUCGCAAAACAAACCCCGUUUUCUGGACUGGGCCUUGUUCCCAUUUAUUGGAGUCAUGUCCGUUGCCGAGGAGAUGAAGAAAACAUACUGCUUUGUGAAAAAGACGUCUGGCAGGGUGGGGCGUGUCCUCGGAAGAUGGCGGCUGCUGUCACGUGUAGCUUUUCCCAGGGCCCGGCGUUCCCUGUCAUACGCCUCGUGGGUGGGAGAAGUGCGUGGGAAGGCCGAGUGGAAAUCUACCAUGCUGGUCAGUGGGGGACUGUCUGUGAUGACCAGUGGGAUGAAGCGGAUGCAGAAGUGAUCUGCAGGCAGCUGGGCCUGAGUGGCAUUGCCAAAGCAUGGAAUCAGGCGUAUUUUGGGGAAGGCUCUGGGGCAAUAAUGUUGGAUGAGGUACGCUGCACUGGGAAUGAGCUUUCUAUUGAGCAAUGUCCAAAGAGUUCCUGGGGAGAGCAUAACUGUGACCAUAAAGAAGAUGCUGGAGUGUCCUGUACCCCUCUAACAGAUGGGGUCAUCAGACUUGGAGGUGGUAAAGGCAGCCACGAGGGCCGCCUGGAGGUGUAUUACCGGGGACAGUGGGGGACUGUCUGUGAUGAUGGCUGGACUGAGCUGAAUACAUAUGUGGUUUGCCGACAGCUGGGAUAUAAAUACGGCAAACAAUCCCCUGCAAACCACUUUGAAGAAAGCACAGGGCCCAUAUGGUUGGAUGACGUCAGCUGCUCGGGAAAGGAAUCCAGUUUCGUUCAGUGUUCCCGGAGGCAGUGGGGAAGGCACGACUGCAGCCAUCGGGAAGAUGUUGGUAUCACCUGCUACCCUGGUGGCAAUGGAUACAGACUAUCUCUGGGUUUUCCUAUCAGACUGAUGGAUGGAGAAAAUAAGAAAGAAGGACGAGUGGAGGUGUUCAUCAAUGGCCAGUGGGGAACCAUUUGUGAUGAUGGCUGGACUGAUAAGGAUGCAACUGUGAUCUGUCGUCAGCUUGGCUACAAGGGCCCUGCCAGAGCAAGAACCAUGGCUUAUUUUGGGGAAGGAAAAGGACCCAUCCAUGUGGAUAAUGUGAAGUGCACAGGAAACGAGAGGUCCCUGGCUGACUGCAUCAAACAAGAUAUUGGGAGACAUAACUGUCGCCACAGUGAAGAUGCAGGAGUCAUUUGUGAUUAUUUUAGCAAGAAGGCAAUAGGUAACAGUAACAAAGAAUCCCUCUCGUCUGUUUGUGGUUUGAGAUUACUGCACCGUCGGCAGAAGCGGAUCAUUGGUGGGAAAAAUUCUUUAAGGGGUGGUUGGCCUUGGCAAGUGUCCCUCCGGCUAAAGUCAUCCCAUGGAGAUGGCAGGCUCCUUUGUGGGGCCACGCUCCUGAGUAGCUGCUGGGUCCUUACAGCAGCACACUGCUUCAAGAGGUAUGGUAACAGCACAAGGAACUAUGCUGUUCGGGUUGGGGAUUAUCAUACUUUGGUGCCAGAAGAAUUUGAAGAAGAAAUUGGAGUUCAGCAGAUUGUGAUUCAUCGGGAAUAUCGACCUGACAGCAGUGACUAUGACAUCGCCCUGGUUCGAUUAGAAGGACCAGAAGAACAGUGUGUUAGAUUUAGCAGCCACGUUUUGCCGGCCUGUUUGCCACUCCGUAGAGAGAGGCCACAGAAAACCGCCUCCAAUUGUUACAUAACAGGAUGGGGAGACACAGGACGAGCCUAUUCAAGAACUCUACAACAAGCAGCCAUCCCCCUACUUCCCAAGAGGUUUUGUGAAGAACGUUAUAAGGGUCGGUUUACAGGAAGAAUGCUCUGUGCUGGGAAUCUACAUGAACACAAACGUGUUGACAGCUGCCAGGGAGACAGCGGAGGGCCACUCAUGUGUGUUCGGGCAGGAGAGAGUUGGGUUGUAUAUGGGAUAACUUCCUGGGGGCAUGGCUGUGGAGCCAAGGAUUCACCUGGUGUCUAUACCAAAGUCUCAGCCUUUGUACCUUGGAUAAAAAGUGUCACCAAAUUGUAAUUCUUCAUGGAAACCUGAAGCGAAAAUAUGUUGGAAAAUUUUCAACCUCUACAUUAGCACUCAGCCAGAGAUGCCAACUGAUGGGGAUGAGAGCCAUGUUCCUGCUUUUGUGUUGUGAUUAAAUCAUGUACACCAUUGCUGCUUGAGAAAUUUGUGAUGUGAACAUUCUUUGUUAGAUACCUCAGUGUGGUACUAAUUAUUCUUGAUUAGCAUUGUUUAUUCUCAGCAUUCUCCAGAGAUUACUGUAUUAUCAACUGUGCAAUAAGCCUGUUUUUAUUCUUUUGGAUUAAGAGUCUAUAAUUGAAUCAAUACUCUUUAUUACACUUAAGUGGUAUUGUGUAAUUAAGGUCACAUUUUCUUCAAAAGGCUGAGAAAUUUCCACAGACUCUCUGUAGCCUUUGACAAGUGAGGAACUCAAGGCCCCAAAAGGUUAAGGAAUCCAUUAUAAACCUAGACUGGAAUAAGUUCAGUCACAAUACAUUCCUGAAUAAAGCCUUUGUACCAUGCACUAUAGCAACACAUUCUAGUUACCUAGCGAAAUUUGGAAUACCUGAUAGUAAAGAAUGCCUUCAAGUUCUUGGGUUAUACAACCUAAUUUAUCCACCUUAUUAACAUUCUCUAGCAGUUACUUUCGGCUUGAUAAAAUUUUUCCUUGGCAUCAUGCCAUUUGCUCUACCAUGACUUAAGAGUGCCAUCUAUUGCAACUUUCUUAUAAUGACUAAAACAUGUAGAUUUUCACUAUCCUGUCCCAGCUAAUAAAAGACAUUAUUAAAAAUGCUUUCUCUGCUUACGUAGUGGGGGGAAAAAAAAAGCUCUAAAAUAUCUUAUUUGUUCCAACCGAUUUAAUUCAUACUCCAGCUAUGUGCUAGGCACUGCAUUAAGUGGCUAUGUGCCUAACAAUUUACAAAAGGCUGGUAAAAUUUUACAGUAUCCCUAGCUUUCAAAUUGUCAAACAGACUCAGAGGCCAAGGUAAGCCAGUGGGAUCUGAACUUCAGAAUAGGUGCCCCAGUACUGACAAUGUUAUUUUCCCCCUCUACUGCUGUCUAGUCAUUUAUGCCCUUUGGCUAUUUUCCCAACCCAAUAAGGGACAGCUGCUUACUAUGGACUCUUUCAGGACAUUCCUGAUAGCAAUGCAAAAUCUUUGCCCAAACAUAAAAGGCAUGCCCCUCAGGCCUUAGGUGGUUUAAAUAGUUUUUGUAUAUCCAAGAAAUAGAUGCAUAAAGACAGGUGAAGAGGUCAGUGUGAACUUUAGGAUCAGUUAAGCCUCUUCAAAGGCUAAAUCCACAUGAAGGGGACUUCCCUACUUUCCCUACUCCAUCUACUUGCGUCCUUUUUGUAAAUCCUGCGCUUUGUAAAAAACUGGUGCUAACAUAAAGGUGCUUUAUAGUUUACUACUUUACAAAAUUGCAAUGCUGUAUCACUCAUAACAUUAAAACUUUUCUAAAAGCUCAAGGUUUUUGAUAAAGGAAAAACUUUUCAAGCAUUUACAUCUACAGAGAUGACAGAGCUACACAGUGCACACCUGCACAAGGGCUUGAAAAAAACGUGCAAUACAGAAGAGAAAUUUCUCUCUACUGAAACUUCGCACAGGCCACCUUUCUAAUUAGACUAUAGUGCAGAUGCAAACAUUUAUAUUGAAAUUUUAAUAGACCAGAGUUUGGGACACUUUAAAACAGAUAGCUAACAGGCAGCCUAUACAGUUUGCUCAAACUUGAAUAGAAUACUUGGUUCAUAGUAUGUCUUUAUUAUAGCUCUUUUCUUGUUAAGCGUUAAGUGUGAAUUUUAAAUGACACAAGUGUUCAGUGCACAUUUGUGUGAAUAAAGUACAUAGUUGUUCAUCCUGUA